UUGUUAUAUCUAUCCUUUGUGUGUGUGUGUGUGUAUUUAUGCAUUAGACGAACAUUCAUUUUUCACGUAAUCACGGUGGUAAUAGAGGUGAAAGCAUUCACCAUUAUCGAACGGGAAUUUUUUUUUAUUUAUCAGACAUAUACAAUCUUGACGUAUCCCCGUUCAUUAGGGUCAAAACGUGGAAUAAUGAUUUCAGAUACGGUUCAAUAUAUUACCAUACGUAUAUAUACAUAUAUAUAUAUACAUAUAUUUUUAGGUCGCCAUUAGUAUCUUUUAUAUUUUCUUAUAACUGUAUAUUCAAUAGAACUGGUUUACGAAGAACGGUCACCGAUGAUCGUUCUUCGAGUUUCUUUAAUACUCGCGUUACUUCAAUAUAUUUUUGAUAAUGGAUUAGCAGCCAAUGGUUUGAUAUGGGACAAGUAUCGACAAAAUUUCGUUCAAUUAUAUUCGAUACCGAGAUUCGCAGCUUUAAAUGAGGAGAUACAAGCGAGACGACGACGAUCCGAAUUGUACAUUUUUCAUCAUGAACCCAUCAGAGCGGCUUACUAUGAGGAUCCUCACGUGGUCAUGUUCUACGAAAACAACACCAAAAUUCGAGGUAUUUCCGGCGAAGUAUGGACGCUACUAGCUGAUUAUUUAAAUUUUACAUUAAUACCAGUGAAAAGCAAAUCUAAUACAUUCGGUGAACCUUUGGAAGAUGGUACCUACGACGGGGUCAUGGGUAUCUUUAAACGUAACGAAACUGAUAUCAUUUUGCGAACCGGACUUUAUAAGUUUCGUAAAAAAGAUAUGGAUUAUACUAUUCCUAUUUAUCGUACCGGAUAUAAUUUGCUAAUACGUCCGAAAUGGCAAUACGAUAAUAUGUGGUUAAUAGAAAUGUUCUCGAUAAAUACCUGGUACUUCAUUAUAUCCAUAUUCGUGAUUCUCUGUCUUUUCGGUUAUUUCGCACAAAAGAUACCAGAAAUAAAUACUGAAGAUAAUAAAACCAAAAUCAAUUUCAAUUUGAGCGAUCACAUCUUUCAUACGUUCGCUAUAAUGUGUUCCCAAGGAUAUCUACCAUCGGAUUACUUCGACAAAUUCAAGAUACUUUCCACUUCGAAGAAUAUUUUUUCAUGGCUAAUAUUUUUAACCUUUAGCUCGCAUUUGAUAUAUCGUAUGACCAACAGAGAAGUGAUACCACCAUUCAAUAAUUUCGAUGAUUUAUUAAGCAAUACCAAUUAUAUUAUACUGAGUUUUCGUGGAUCAAUGGUACAUGAAUCCUUCGAGAAAAAAAUGAAAAUUAUAAUAAAUAAUAAUCCAAAAUGGAAAAAUCGUAUAAAGUUCAUGGACAAUGAAAGAGAUAUAUAUAGAACAGCGUGUAAUAAUAAAAACAAAUAUGCGAUAUUCGAAGUACACGAUACGUUUACUGUUAUAAGUAGAUUCGUUUGUACAUUAAUGCCUAUUGGUAAUCUUUAUUAUAAAACAUGGAUUACAUUCGGAAUUCAAAAACAUCUACCGUAUAAGAGAACGAUCGAUAUCGCGAUCAUAAAGAUGCAAGAAGUUGGAUUGGUUGAUUGCUUGAAGGAACGCUGGUUGUUAACAAAACUCGACAAUAAGGAGAACAAUCGUUUCGAGAAGAUCGACUUCGAUCAAAUUUACGUUAUAUUCUGUAUUUUAUCGAUAGGAUUUUUAGCAGCCAUUUUGGUACUCGCCAUAGAACACAUCGUCUUCUUCUACGAAUCGAAAUUAGACGUGAAAAUUGAGAAACGAGUUAGACGUAAAACAGUAAAGAUAUUAAUUAAAUAACGAAAUAAAUAGAAUCGUGUUUAUGAUGAUGAUUUUUCGAAUUUUUAAAGACGAUGUAAAGAAAAAAAAAAAGAAAGGAAAAAAAUUAAAAGAAAAGAAAAGCCAAUAAUCCAAUAAAUCAAUGUUGAAUAAGUAAAUCUUGAUUAAAAAAAAAAAAAAAAAAAAAAAAAAAAAAAAAAAAGAACGACCGAA